UAAUUAGCCCAAUAAGGAUGACGUAACGCUGCAUGUGUUCUUGCUUAUCUGUCUGUAAUGUCUGUUGUGCGCUGUGGAAUCAGGGAUGAUGUCAUGUUUAAAGCUCCGCGCCGGUGACGUCAGUGGGCGGGGCUUCGGCGGAGAUUCCAAAACAAGUUUGUAGAAGUUCAGUAGAGAGAAACCGGCGACUACCGACAGGACACGCGCGCACAUACACACACACACACACCGGGCGAGGAUGCACUGGGAGCAGAUACUGCGCGGGAAGAGGAACGACAAGAUCGAGCGGCUGGAGGGUGCAGUGGCUCAGGCGACUCUGGCCUCUUUCGGUGCGGACGCGUCUCUGCUGUCCUCAGAGGAGGUGUGUGUGUGUGUGGACCCACAGCGCAGCCGGUGUGUGUGUGUGGACCCGCAGCGCACGCGGCAGGCCCUGGCGCAGCUGCAGCAGAAGAUCCUGAAGCUCACGGAGCAGCUGCGCAUCGAGCAGGCGGCACGCGACGACAACGUGGCCGAGUACCUCAAACUGGCCAGCAAUGCCAACGACAAACAGCAGAGCGCACGCAUCAAACAGGUGUUUGAGAAGAAGAACCAGAAGUCUGCGGCGAGUAUUGCGCAGCUGCAGCGUAAGCUAGAGCACUGCCACCGGCGGCUGCGGGAUGUGGAGCACAGCGGGGUGCAGCGGCAGCCCAAAGACGUGCUGCGGGACAUGCAGCAGAACCUGCGCGGCGUGAUGACGGGGCUCAGCGGGGGCGUGGUCGACAGCGUCAGAGGCGUGGCCUCCAAACCACGCGAGAUCGCCUCGCUGUUUCGCCACCGCUUCGGCAGCGCAGACAACAUCAGCGCGCUGCGGGACGGGGCCGAGGAUGUGGAGGACGGGGCCACGGGACGCUCACUGGGCUCCGCCACCGCACGCCUGCAGCACAGCCCGAAGUUCGGCAGCGAGGACGACUGCUCCAGCGCCACCUCGGGCUCCGCGGAGGCUCACUGCGGCCCCGGGGCCCCUGGAGGACCGCCCAGCUCCAGAGGGACCGGUGGGGGGCUGGAAGUGCUGCUGCAGGAGGUGCAGGAGCUGCAGGAGGUGCAGGCACAGCUGGAGGAGCAGCUGGAGGAGCUGAAGAGCAGCUGCAGGGAGGAGUGCGCAGUACUGAUGCAGACACUGCAGGAGGACAGAUUCAGAUGUGAGCGUCUAGAGGAGCAGGUGAAUGACCUGACAGAGCUCCACCAGAAUGAGAUCCUGAACCUGAAGCAGGAGCUGGCCAGCAUGGAGGAGAAGAUUGCUUACCAGUCCAACGAGAGAGCCAGAGACCUGCAGGAGGCUCUGGAGGCGUGUCAGACGCGUGUCUCCAAGAUGGAGCUCCAGCAGCAGCAGCAGCAGGUGGUGCAGCUGGAGGGUCUGGAGAACGCCACCGCCCGCACGCUGCUGGGCAAGCUGAUGACGGUGCUGCUGGCGCUGAUGGCGGUGCUGCUGGUGCUGGUGUCCGCCGUGGCCAACUGUGUGCUGCCGCUGAUGAAGACCCGCAGCCGCUCCGUGUCCUCGCUCCUGCUGGUGCUGCUGCUCGCCGUGCUCUGGAGGAACUGGGACUCCUUUUCUGGACACACACACCGCUUUCUGCAGCCACUGCCGCGAUGAGCAAACGCACUCUGACACACACGCGUUUGCACACUGCUCCUCUCCUGACUGCCUUUGGUGCAUUGCUCCUGAAUCAGACUAAUAUCAAGAGUACCUUUAAUUCGGCUGGGGUGAUGAAUCAGUGCAUUAGCGAACCCACAGAUGAUUCCGCUCCGAUUCUGACAUUUCUUUAUGAAUGCAUCCGGAUUCUCACGCGAAUAGAUUCUGAGAUUACGUUUCACCUGCAGGUGGCGCUGUGCGCUUCACAAACAGCCAAACUCUGCUUAAUUGUUGAUAAAGUUAGCAAAGGUUUAAAGUUUGUGUGAAAUCAAGGUUUGCUAGCACACGCUGAUAUUCUUCAGGUGAACGAUUGAUCCCUGAUGUGAAGUAAAGCUUCUAUAGUUUUGCUAAUCUUCAGUCUGAGCAUCUGCUUCUGUGUUUGGAUCGGCUCCUUCUCUGGUGACGCUGAUUUGACGCUUCAGCUACAACAUUCUUAGCCACGCCCCUCUUAUCGUUAGUUGGCUAUGAGGGAAUGAUGUGUAAAAAAGCCCUGCCCUCUACUCGAUUUGGCACUGCUUGCUGCUUACAAACUAGCCAAAAACCAGUCUAGAGCGCCAUCUGUUCUUAAACACUAGCCUACAGCGCCAGCUGAGAUGUUGCUAGAUCAAAUAUGGUUGUGGCCGGAAGUUAAGGAGAAUUAUUUAUGUUAUUUAUGUUAUUUAAAUUAUAUUAACGUUUAGCCCUUCCCCAACACUAAACCUUGCUGUCACUGUACCGUAAAAACAGGAGUUAUACUGAGUAUUAAUGAUGCUAUCUAUUAAAUGACCUAAUAAACUGUAUUUUUAAUGCCUACCCCCACCCCAACCCUAAACCCAACCGUCACAGUACUGUAAACAUAAUAAUUAUUGUUAUACAGUGUCAUAGAGAAUGCUGCUAAAUUGAUGUGCAUAUCACACCGGCCGGCCAUGUAUCCUAUCUAGACUUUACCCACCAUCUGCUGUUAAAACAAGCCUAGAGCGCCACCUGCUGUUAAACACUAGCCUAGAGCGCCCUUUGCUGUUAAACUCUAGCCUAAAGUGCCCUCUGCUGUUUAACUCUAGCCUAGAGCUCCCUCUGCUGUUAAAAAUCUAGCCUAGAGCUUCCUUUGCUGUUAAACUCUAGCCUAGAGUGCCCUCUGCUGUUUAACUCUAGC